AUGCCUUUGUUUAGUAAAUCUCACAAAAAUCCUGCUGAGAUUGUGAAGAUUCUGAAAGAAAACAUGGCCAUUUUGGAAAAACAAGAAAAAAAGACAGACAAGGCAUCAGAGGAAGUGUCAAAAUCUCUGCAAGCAAUGAAGGAAAUUCUGUGUGGGACCACGGACAAGGAGCCACCUACAGAAAUUGUGGCUCAGCUGGCGCAGGAGCUGUACAACAGUGGCCUUCUCGUGACGCUUAUUGCCAACCUGCAGCUCAUAGAUUUUGAGGGCAAAAAGGACGUUUCCCAGAUAUUUAACAACAUCUUGAGAAGACAGAUUGGCACACGCAGCCCUACUGUGGAAUACAUUAGUGCCCAUCCACAUAUCCUAUUCAUGCUUCUAAAAGGAUAUGAAUCCCCAAAUAUUGCCUUACGCUGUGGAAUUAUGCUGAGAGAGUGCAUCCGGCAUGAGCCCUUGGCCAAAAUAAUACUUUUUUCGGAACAGUUCAGAGACUUUUUCAAAUAUGUGGAAAUGUCAACGUUUGAUAUAGCUUCUGAUGCCUUUGCUACAUUCAAGGACCUGUUAACACGACACAAAUUGUUGGUAGCAGAAUUUCUGGAACAAAAUUAUGAUGUGAUCUUCGAAGAUUAUGAAAAACUCCUUCAUUCUGAGAAUUACGUAACGAAGAGACAAUCUUUGAAGCUGCUGGGUGAAUUGAUUCUGGACCGACACAACUUUGCCAUCAUGACAAAAUACAUCAGCAAACCAGAAAAUCUGAAGCUGAUGAUGAACUUGCUGCGAGAUAAAAGCCCCAACAUUCAGUUUGAAGCAUUCCACGUGUUCAAGGUUUUUGUGGCCAGUCCAAACAAAACACAGCCUAUUGUGGAGAUCCUGUUGAAAAACCAGCCCAAGCUAAUUGAGUUUCUGAGCAACUUCCAGAAGGAGAGGACGGAUGACGAACAAUUCACUGAUGAGAAGAACUACCUGAUUAAGCAAAUCCGAGACUUGAAAAAGCCGACGGCAUGAAGACCUCCUCUCAUUUUCCACUGCAGGCAUUAAUCUCAUUUCUUAAGUUCCUCUGUGUCCCUUAAACACCACAAUAGUGCUUUAGAAGGCACAGCAAGUGCCUGGUUUUUAUUUUGUCUCUGUUCUUAGAUGUCAAGAGUAUAGGGGUUUUACAUGAAAAAUAAAAAAAACCCCAAAACUAGAAUAAUAUAUUAUUUUUAAUCUUUAAUCGAGACUAUAAUUAUUUAUGUCAGUUUAGACUCUCUCUGUAAUAGAAGCUGGUUUGGCGGAUUUUCAUUUGUGCUCAAGAGUGAACCUCUUUGCUUAACUUGAUCAGCAAACUCAAGCUGUGGGUGAGUGCACAGAGUAGGUCUUCUGCGGGCUGUAACCUUGUUCCUCUGCACCUGUAGUUGUGACUUAGUUCUAGUGCUGCACACACACCAGACUGUGAAGGAGUACGCUCGUCUCUGGAGUUAGCUGCACUUAGAGAUUGGGUUCUUUAGUCAAAACAGCGGGACAUGAAAAAGCAGUAAAGGUCACAUUUUCACUUUAUUUUUGUGUUC